CCCACACUGGAGCGAGAGGAAAUGAGAGUGCGCGGCAGCCUCGACGCACAUAUGAGCCAUUGUAACGCCGUGGGUGCGUAAGCCGAGCCUUCUAUGCCCAUAUUUGGAGCACGCGGAGGGCGCGAGCGGACGGGCUGAGACACACCUGUGCGGUGGCGUCAUCGGGAGAGACUACCUGCGGCUGGGCUCGUCGGCUCACCUCCAGUUUACCGGAAAGUCGCGCCCCCCCCGGAGUGAAGAGCGGUCGAUACUUUCGCUCCUCAACCGGGCAUCGAGGGAUUGUUUACACGCAAAUGGGGACCACUCGGUUCGCGGAGUCGGGAGUCCUACUUUUGGCUUUGCAGGCCUUGGCUGUAGUUUUUUCUCAAGAGCAAGCAUGUGUGCCCGGUUUCAAAACCGACACGAUAGUUUUCGAAGUGGAGAGAAGGCACUUGGAGAAAGGCAGGAUCCUGGGCAAAGUUGGCUUUGGUGACUGCACGAGCCGCAAGCUGUUUGUCUUCAACAGCGAGGACACCUGUUUCAGAGUGGAGCAUGACGGCAAAUUAAAGGUGAACAGACGGGUGACCCUGCAUGAAGGACACAGAAACUUCUUUAUCCAUGGCUGGGACUCCCAGGGACGCAAGAUGACUGCCCUUGUCAGGGUGCUGCUUCAGGCUGCUGCACGCCAUCAUGCUGGUGAUGGCCACAGACAUCACCAAGGCAGUGGGCGUGACAAUGGUGAAAACCCUGAGCAUGACCGUGGCCCAGCAGGACAUCAUAACCAUCACCAAGGAAACCAUCACAACCAUAAAACCCAUGAGCAUAAUCACGAUGGCCAAGCAGCCGAACAUCAUCAGCAUCACCACAGAAACCACCAUAGCCACAAUGAUAAAACCCAUGAGCAUCACCAUGGUGGCCAAUCUGCGGAACAUCAUCAGCAUCACCAUGGAAACCACCAUAACAAUAAAACCUCUGAGCAUCACCACAGCGGCCAAGAAGCAGAACAUCUGCAUCAUCAAGGCAACCACCACAAUCAACAGGACCAAAGCACAGAGUCGGACUCUGCUAAUAAAACAAAGAUUGCAUCCAGUCAAGGUUUACCUGUCCUGCACUUCCCCAAGUCAUCUGGAGGGCUUAGGCGAAGUAAGAGAGCCUGGGUAAUCCCUCCCAUCAGCUUUAGUGAAAAUCAUAAUGGACCCUUCCCUACAAUGAUGGUCCAGAUCCGUUCUGAUGCUGAUAAGGAGGUGAGGAUCCAGUACCGUAUUUCUGGACCAGGAGCAGAUGAGGAUCCCCUUGGAAUCUUCUUUGUCGACAGAAACACAGGCUGGCUCUAUGUCACACAGCGCCUUGACAGAGAGAAACAGAGCAAAUACAUGCUCAAAGCUCAUGCUUUGAAACUGGGUUCAGGUGAUGCAGAGGCCCCAAUGGACAUUAUAGUCAAUGUCAUUGACCAGAAUGACAACAAGCCAAUUUUCACCAAAGAGAUCUUCGCAGGAGAGGUUCCUGAGGUUUCCCCUAUAGGUUACGAGGUAACUCAGGUGUCGGCCACAGAUUUGGAUGAACCUAAUAAUCUCAACUCUGAUAUCCGAUACAGCAUUAUUAGCCAGGAUCCAGUGAUGCCAGCUGACAACCUAUUCACGAUCAACCCAAUCAAUGGAGUCAUUAGUGUCAACGCUGCUGGACUGGACAGAGAGAAAUAUCCAAAGUACACGUUGGUUGUACAGGCAGCAGAUAUGGCUGGUGAGGGGUUGACUGGACAGGGGAGAGUUGAAAUUGCUGUGAUCGACAGCAACGACAAUGCUCCAGUCUUCGAGCAGUCCUCAUAUGAAGCACGAGUCAAAGAAAACCAGGUCGGUGUUCAGGUUGCCAAAAUGUCUGUUACGGAUGGUGACGAGCCCCAUUCCCCGGCCUGGAGGGCCAAUUUCUCUAUCGUGGGUGGUGACAAUGAGGGGUACUUCAAAGUGGAAACGGGACCGAACAAACAGGAAGGAAUCAUUACUACAGCAAAGGGCCUCGACUUUGAGAAAAUCAGCAAGUACACCCUGUUAGUUGCUGUGGUGAAUGAGAUUCCCUUCGCCAAACAGCUGGCCACAGCCACUGCCACUGUGAUAGUGAAUGUGGAGGAUGUGAACGAGGCCCCGAUAUUCAACCCCGUAAAUAAGUUGGUGGUGAAGAGGGAGGACCUAACCAUAGGCAGUGACCUGGUGCAGUACACGGCCACUGACCCGGACACCGCUCGCAAACAGAAAGUCUCUUACAAGAUCGCUAGUGACCUGGCGGGCUGGCUGAGUAUUGGCAAAGACACGGGUCUAAUUAAGGUGAAAGCCGAAAUGGACAGAGAGUCCCACUUUGUCGUGGACAACAAAUACAAAGCACUGAUUGCUGCAUAUGAUGACGAUGAAGUUCCUGCCACAGGUACAGGCACCCUGGUGAUCCAGCUAGAGGAUGUAAAUGACAAUUUCCCAACUAUUGAUAAACGUGCGAUCAAGGUGUGUAACAAGGAGUCACAGCCCCAACUGUUGUCAGUGAUAGAUAAGGACGGACCUGGCUUUUCUUCCCCCUUCACCGUGUCUUUACAUGGCACAUCCAAGACCAACUGGACUGCGAGGAUGAAUGACAACAAAACGGGGAUCAUCCUGACUUUAGGGGCCCCCCUUCCCAGUGGCGAGUACAGUGUCCUCCUGAGGGUUGCAGACAAUCACGGCCUUGCGCAGGACAGUACGCUCCAGGCGACGGUGUGUGAGUGCACUGGUGCUGUGGUGGCGUGCGUAGGAACCAGAGUGGCUGCUGCUGGCCUGCCGCUCAUUUUGGGAAUACUGGGAGCGGUCCUGCUCUUGCUGUUGCUGGUGCUCCUGCUGCUGAUGUUCCUGAGACGGCGGGGAAGAGAGAAAAAGGAGCCCCUGUUACCAGAAGAUGACAUCAGAGACAACAUUUACUACUACGAUGAAGAGGGGGGAGGAGAGGAUGACCAGGACUAUGAUCUGAGUGUCCUCCACCGUGGUCUUGACAACCGUCCUGAGGUGUUCCGCAACGACGUGGUGCCAAACUUCAUGCCUGCCCCUCAGUACCGGCCUCGCCCUGCCAACCCAGAGGACAUUGGCAACUUCAUUGAUGAUAACUUAAAGGCGGCAGACAACGACCCUACCGCUCCCCCCUACGACUCUCUCCUGGUCUUCGACUACGAGGGGGGCGGCUCUGACGCGGGCAGCCUCUCCUCCCUCAACUCCUCCAGCAGCGGCGACCAGGACUACAGCUACUUCAACGAGUGGGGACCCCGCUUCAAGAAGCUGGCCGACAUGUACGGAGGGGGAGACGACGACGACGACGACAUGCUGUAAACUGAGGCGAUGCCCAUGCACGCAUGGCUGGGUGGAUGUCGGAGUGACAGAUGAGUGAAUGGACAGAUGGAUGUGUUAUAUGGAUGAAUUCAUCCCAGGGAAACGAGCUUCGGCAAGCAGCAGCGCAGUGGUAGAUCUGUAGGAUUAGCGUCUCGUCACGAUGGCUUUGUAGUUUAGCUUCCUCUCCGUUUGCCAAUCUCCCUCCUACACUGAGCAGCCAUAUUUCCAGAGCCUGGUGUUUUGUUUUUGUUGUUUGUUUGUUUUUGUUUUUUUUGUAAAUCUAGCGCCAUCGGUGGUCGCUGAAUGGAAAAGUUUGUUUCCCACCUUGAAUCGAUGGACUUUAAUAGAUCUUCCGUCUCAUCUCUAUAAAUCCAUUUUUGAUUACAAGAUGAAAAGCUUGGGACGCUUACAUUAUUAUUUUGCCUCCUGAGGGCACAUCUGAAGCCACGCAGCGCUGUAAUUGCAUUUUUAUAAUUACAUUUGAGCAGGAAAUGAUGGGACCAUUUUUUUUCCAAAGAUGUAUAAAAUGUUCUGUACUUUUAGCCUUGACUGUUGCUUAUUGGACAAUCAGAGAGGGAGAUUGCCAAAUGGACACAUAAGUACACACACUUGUGGCCGUAACCAGCGCUGCAGGCGAAAGACUUGCACACACUUAAGUCGCAAUCAGUCAUACACAAACCUGCAUAUGUAUUCCUGCACACUCUUAUUUUGAAAUCACACACUAAACUGAAUGGUGUCCUUAGCACUGUCCUAUGAGUUACCAAAUGAUCCUGUACUUUACUUGACCCUGUUAUUUUGGUGUUUGAAUUACCGCUCGUUCAAUUCUCCAUUGUUUUCAUGUUAAAGGUACUGCUUAAGGCAAGAAAUGACCAAAAAAAAUAAAGAUAACAUUGUUACUUGACGUAUGCCAAACCAGCCCAGGAAGGGUACUUUCACUGUUUAAAAUGUCGACGUAUGUUAUCUGGGUUUAUUUUGCUAUCAAUACAACGAUAUGCGAUUGCCUCUAAAGAAAAAGAAAAGUUUUUAUUGUUUAGAUUUUUUUAUAAAGCAGUCUUUUAAAUACAAUAAAGUCUUUUUCUUCAUUUCA